AGAAAAUCAUGCAACAUUCAUGAAUGAACUGAAAAAUCUGCAAGCUUCUGGACUCACCACCCUUGGUCAGGCGCUCAGAUCCUCGUUUGACUUGUUAAAUCUCAAUAGAUUGGUAUCUGGAAUAGAUAAUUAUGGACAGGGGAGAAACCCGUUCUUUUUAGAACCAUCUAUUUUAAUUACCAUUACAGAUGGGAACAAACUGACAAAUACUGCUGGUGUUCAGGAAGAGUAGGCAACCACCAAUUCUUCUGGAUCAUGGUGUAUGCUUGAGAGGUCACCCAGACCUUUGACGUGUACACCUAGGCAAGAGUCUGGAGGAGCGGAGGCUGUCCAGACCUUCCAGCCCCUCUUUUUAGACGAUUGAGAUUGACUCCAAAGGCCAAACUGAGCCUGGAUGUUUGGUGCCUCGAUGGCUGUAGUUACGUGCGCAUCUGGAAAUCGAACCCCAAGUCUCCCACGUGGCAGAUAAGGAUUCUACCAUUGAACCACAGCAGCAGGUUAACUUUUGAGUACAAGUCUUUUUAAACCAAUCGUCUACAUAAAUGUUCUUAAUUUUGUUUUAUUAGCUUCAUCUUCCAUUGAAUUCUCCUCUGCCUGGAAGUGAACUAACCAAAGAGCCGUUUCGCUGGGAUCAAAGACUAUUUGCGCUAGUGCUGCGUUUGCCAGGAGCUGCUUCAGCUGAACCAGAGCAGCUGGGGAGUGUUCCUACUGAUGAAUCUGCUAUUACACAGAUGUGUGAAGUCACAGGAGGUCGCUCCUACUGUGUUCGGACACAAAGAAUGCUGAACCAAUGUUUAGAGUCUCUAGUUCAAAAAGUUCAGAGUGGUGUUGUUAUUAACUUUGAGAAAUCGGGGCCAGAUCCUGCUCCCAUUGGAGAAGAUGGACUUGUUGAUUCAUCCAGGCCCAUCAAUUCAUUUGCUUCUCAACCGUGGCAUAGUUGUCAUAAGCUCAUUUAUGUACGACCUAAUCCUAAAACGGGUGUUCCUGUUGGGCAUUGGCCAAUUCCAGAGUCAUUUUGGCCUGAUCAGAACUCACCAACUCUGCCUCCACGCACAGCUCAUCCUGUUGUCAGAUUCUCCUGUGUAGAUUGCGAGCCAAUGGUAAUAGACAAGCUUCCUUUUGAUAAGUAUGAACUCGAACCUUCACCCUUGACGCAGUACAUCUUGGAACGAAAGUCUCCUCAUACCUGUUGGCAGGUAUUUGUGAGUAGCAGUGGAAAAUACAGUGAACUUGGACAUCCAUUUGGGUAUUUAAAAGCAAGCACUACUUUAACCUGUGUAAACCUCUUUGUGAUGCCUUACAACUAUCCUGUUUUACUUCCUUUGCUAGAUGACUUGUUUAAGGUUCACAAACAUAAGCCAAACCUGAAGUGGCGCCAGGCAUUUGACAACUACUUAAAAACCAUGCCUCCGUACUACUUACUGCCAUUAAAGAAAGCCCUAAGGAUGAUGGGAGCUCCAAAUCUGAUAUCAGAUAAUUUAGAUUGUGGACUUAGUUACAGUGUUAUCUCUUACCUUAAAAAACUCAGCCAACAGACAAAGAUAGAGUCGGAACGGAUAAUAGGUUCGGUGGGUAAGAAAGUUCCACAAGAGAUUGGAAUUAAAGUGAAAAAUCACUCCAGUGGCCUCUCCCUGGUGCAUAGUAGGGACUUUAAGCAGCUGCUGCAAGGGAUCACAGGUGAAUCUCCACUGAGACUGGCUGAAAUGAACAUUAAAGAAUUUGCUGGCUUCCAUAUAGGACUCUUGAACAAGGAUUUGAAGCCCCAGGCUUUCAGAAAUGCUUAUGAUAUUCCCCGCCACAGUCUCCUGGACCAGCUGACUAGGAUGAGAACCAACCUGCUGAAAACACACAAGCUUAUCCUUGGGCAGGAUGAAGACUGUCUUCACAGUGUUCCUGUUGCUCAAAUGGGAAAUUACCAGGAGUACCUAAAGAUGAUGCCAUCUCCCCUCCGGGAGAUUGAUCCAGACCAGCCAAAAAGGCUUCAUACAUUUGGCAAUCCUUUCAAACAGGAUAAGAAGGGUAUGAUGAUUGAUGAAGCAGAUGAAUUCGUCACUGGGCCUCAAAACAAAAUUAAGCGUCCUGGAGAACUAAACACUCCAGCAUCACUGAAGAGAAGGCGCAGCAUGUCACCUCUUCUGAGGAGACCACAGUCGCCUCCUGCUACAGCUAAUCAUGUUGGUGGGAAGGGCCCACCAUCUGCCUCGGGAUCCCCGUCUUAUCCAAACCUCAAAGCCACCCCAGCACAUAAAGAUGCCAAUAGCAAUGCCAUUCAGGAUAGUAAUGGGGAGAAGAAAGCAGAAAACUGUCAGGCACUGGACAAACAAAUUGAUGGCUUGUCUGCACAAAUGAUUCCCUCUGUUCCCGCUGCUACGGUAGAUGACAAUCUGCUACCAAAUGACUUGGACUCGCUACAUGGUGAAUUUAAUUGUUUAAGUGAAGAUGGGUUGGAUCAUAAACCUGUUACCAAUGCACUUGUGAGAGGACCUAUAAAUUACAGUCUGCCUGCAGAUGACCAAAAGCUGAUGGAGGAAUCCACUUCUGGACCUGUACCAAACUUCGUGAAAAUCACACCGAGCAUGCUCGAGGGAAACAAUGCCGAUAUCAAAAUAAAAGUCAUGAAGGAGGUUCGCAAGCCUGGAAGAAAUUAUGAAAAAAUCUUCACACUUCUUGAGGAAAUUCAAGGACCUAUAGAAAUUCAGAAAUAUUUCAUUGAAUUUGCUAUCAAGGAAGCAGCAAGGUUUAAAAAACGGGUCUUAAUACAACACUUAGAGACAAUACUAGAGGAAAUAGAGUUCAACAGCCUGCCCAACAGAGUUAAUCAUGUCAGCAGUAGAUAAUAGUGUCCCAGCAAGACAGGACGGACCAGGGAGGAGUCUGCUGUGCCGCAGAAGAGUGGAAGAGGACGUGGCUGCUGCCCUCACCAUCCUGGCAGUCAAGCGAUUUCUCUGUCAGACUGAGAAGAAGCAGUGGAGCUUUAACUUUAAGAACCUCUAUCGGCAGAAGCUGAGCUGUAACCCUAAGGGUUUGCUAUGAAAGGUGUGGCUUUUUCCCUGUGGAGGGUGCUAUUCGCUCAACAGCCUGAAGAAAAUAACCAUUGCUGCCCCUCCUGCAGACAUUAUGAAAGUGCACCUGAGGGCUUCCCAGGUCCCCGACUUCAGUUCUCUUUCAUCCUGUGAAGAGGACGGAGAUUCUUCAGGUGGCCUUGGCACACGCUGUGCUUUGGAAGCACUAAAAGGAAACGCUUUAAACAAAACAAAACAAAACAAAAAACCUGUAUUUUAAUGUUCAUAUGAAAGAGAUUAUUUUGAACAGUAUUGUUACCAGAUCACUAAUUUGAUAUUUUAACUGUAUAAAGAUUUUUGGAACAUAUGUAUAUACAAAAUAAACAGUUUUAUUAAUUUUUAA